AUGGCGCCCUCCAAGCCCGCCCUCUUCCUCGCCUUGAACCUGGUCCUCGUGGCAGCCGCGCAUGGCUGCGGGUCGAUCUGCGGCAACACACCGGUUGUCCCAGUGCCAGCAUCGCCGAUCGCCAUGCCCCCGCCGGUCGUCCCAGUCCCAACCCCACCGACGACCGGAGGCGGCAGUGGCACCUGCUCGAUUAACAUGCUGAAGCUGAAGGCGUGCGCCAACAUACUGAACCUGCUAAGGAUCAACCUAGGCGUGCCGGCGAGCGAGGACUGCUGCCCGCUGCUGGGCCGGCUUGCCGACCCCGACGCCGCCGUGUGUCUCCGCACCGCCAUCAAGGCCAACGUCCUCGGCAUCAAGCACUGGACUUCCGAAGAGAUUGCAGAUCAUGAGCUUGCAGCGCUAAUUGGUUAG